AAUAACAGUUUCAUGACCUUGGUAAUGACCUUUAUCAUGUGACGAAUGGUCACGAAACAAAACUUCAUCGACAUCAUUGAGUGUGGAAUUCACCGUGAUUCUUGGUGUUCAGAAUGUCUAUUUUGUUCGCAACGGUCACAAGAGGGACCACAGUCCUCGCCCGACAUGCAGCUUGCCAAGGCAACUUUGCGGAAGUUGUCGAGCAAAUCUUGCUCAAGGUUUCACCCGAGAACGCCAAAUUGACAUACUCCCAUGGUAGCUACCUUUUCCAUUAUAUGACGGAGAAUAGAAUUACCUACCUCUGUAUCACAGAUGAUGAUUUCCAAAGAUCUAAAGCUUUUAUGUAUUUAAAUGAAAUUUCGAGGAGGUUUGCAAAUACAUACGGUGCUAGGGCACAGACAGCACUACCAUUUGCUAUGAACAGUGAAUUCUCAAGAGUUUUAUCCACAGAAAUGAUGAAAUUCAGUGAAGACAAAAAUGGUGAUAAGUUGACCCAAGUACAGAAUGAUCUAGACGAGUUAAAUAGGAUAAUGGUUAAAAAUAUUGAUACAAUAACAAAUCGAGGAGAACGUUUGGAAUUACUGGUUGAUAAAACAGAAGACCUUGAGUCCAGUUCAUUGACAUUUAAGAAGACAAGCAAAAACCUGUCGCGAUCCAUGUGUUUAAAGAAUGCAAAGUUCACAAUCAUCCUUAUUAUCGUUAUAAUUCUGGUCAUAUACUUUAUUAUUUCUGCUUCAUGUGGUGGCUUGAGCUGGCCGAAAUGUACAUAAUAUCAGUGAAGACAAAUCAGUCACACAUUCCACAGGCUCAGCAACAUGGUACCACUACUGAUGUGAUAAAUUCAAGAUAAAAAAUACAUUUGUGCACUACUUGCAGCUAGAUCAAACCAGUUGCAGCCAGAUCACAUCAGUUGCAGCUAGAUCAAACCAGCUAGUUCAGACUGGUUGUCUUCCAAAUUAGAGAUAGAAACAGACAUUCCCACCAUGGUUCAAGCACACCAGCCAGUUUUGUCUGACAUAUUAUUUAAUGCUUGGUGAUUGUAACAAAACAA